GUGUUGGUGUUGGAUGAGUCAGUCGCAUCGUAGCGGGCGACCACGGAGGUUGUGCCGAAUGCGGGACGUCUGCUAGCCAUUGUUUAUGUUGUGUGUGGAUGUGUGGAUUCAUCUUUGAUGCAGUGAUUGGUGAUUAAACGUGUGCUCUUUCGUUUGUGCCGAGCCCAGUCGAGCUCUGGCCAGGCGUAGUCUGUGUUCUCCGUGCCUGGAUACGUUGUUUGGUGCGUUGGUUACCGCGGCGUCUGUUGGAGCCAAGCGUCGUAACGGUUGUGGCAAUGGUGGACAUGUAAAUUGUUGUUCUUAGACUGGUACCUGCAGAUCUGGAAUAGUGCUGCUCUUCUGUUGAAAAAGACGAGAUUACCACAAGUUUUCCAAGAUGGCUAAAUUCAGUUUUGGUGCGGGUAUUUCAUUGAAUACCAAUCACGACGGUCUCCUCAGCGUGUCUGAAGAUUGUUUGACAUCGCUCAUUAAGAACGAGCCCAUAUCCAACUACUACCAUGUGGAGCAAACUCCAUUUGCCAGGGGCAAGUUCGCCGCCGUGCGCAAGUGCACGCACCGCGUGACGAGCGUCGAGUACGCGGCCAAGUUCAUCCGCAAGCGCCGCCGCUCCAUGGACCAGCGCCAGGAGAUCCUGCACGAGGUGGCCGUGCUGCGCCUGGCCGGGCGCGCGGGCUCGGCGCGCAUCGUGCGCCUGCACGAGGUGUACGAGACGCCCCAGGAGAUCGCCAUCGUGCUCGAGCUAGCUGCGGGCGGCGAGCUGCAGCGCGUGGUGGACCUGCAGGACGGACUGCAAGAGGUGGAGGCUGUGCAGGUGAUGCGCCAGGUCCUCGAGGGGCUCAUCUUCUUGCACGACCACAACAUAGCCCAUCUGGACCUCAAACCUCAAAACAUGCUCCUUACUGGAAACUACCCUGAAUGUGACAUCAAACUUUGUGACUUUGGCAUAUCGAGGGUCAUUCGCAGUGGUAUUGAAGUGAGAGAAAUACUGGGAACACCAGAUUAUGUUGCUCCAGAAGUCCUCAGCUAUGAACCCAUCAGUCUAGCCACUGACAUUUGGUCUGUGGGCGUCCUAGCUUAUGUGCUUUUGAGCGGUUACUCACCUUUUGCUGGAGAUACUAAACAAGAAACAUUCUGCAAUAUUUCCCAGUGCACUUUGAAUUUCCCAGAAGAACUCUUUGAGGGUGUUUCUGAAGAUGCUAGAGAUUUUAUUAGAACAACAUUGCAAACAGAUCCAGGAUGCCGUUUAUCAGCCCGACAGUGCCUAGAACACCCUUGGCUCAGCUUCAAGACACCUUUACUUAUCGACUCCCUCAGUUCAUCCGUUAUAAACAGUUGUAUUGAGUCUGGCGUUUUUAGCAAAGAAAACAGUGUGGAGAGGGAGCAGGGGGAAAAUCAGGCAGACAACUCCGUGUCGAGCUUGGAGACCAGCAGCAGUAGUUGCAGUGUCAGUCCGAGCCCCAGCCCGUCGCCCAUUAGCAGCUUAUCACUUGCAAGCUCCACCUACAGUCGGUCGCAGUCGACGCCGGGUACCAACGGUGUGGUGUGCGGGCGACGGUCCUCACAUCCGCUCAUCAACGCCGGGGUGACGGUAGGCGUCGCAGACUCCGUGGCCGUGUCCGUGUCGUCGCCCGUGUCCAGUAGACAUCAGCUGGCCACCAUGCUCACGAGCUCCCCUGUCGAGAUUACAGUGGACCGGGGGAUCAUUUGCUAGCAUUUGGCCACGCUGGGGUUCUGCUUGUUCUCCCGGCUCUUCGGAUCAAACAACAACUCCUCUAAUCGGCAGCCCAAGCGGGUGCAGCAAUAAGGAAUGCGUGUUUGUGUGUGUGUGUGUGUCGUAUCUGCGUGUGCAAUUGCAACUUAUUGCUGUUCAUGUGUGUUGAACAUGCGUGAAUAGGCCAGAUGUUUACCUGAUUAAUGUACAUUUUUGUUUCCUCCCUUAUUGUUUUGAUUGUGUAUGUGUGUAUGUGUUUUUGAGAAUGACUGUGGGUUGUGAAUGUGUUUUAAUGUGUUCGUGGCUUUCAAAGCCAAUAAAAUUGUAAGACAUAGUGUGAUACUCAAAUCGUAAAGGCCAUGAGGAACUUUAGGUUUGUAAUUGUAAUUUUAUGCCUCACCAAUUCUACUGUAAGAUUUGAAAAAAGUGAUCCAAAUGUGGCUAGCAGAAUCACAUCCACUCUUUCAUGUUAUGUGAAAAAGAUACUUAGUUGUGAUUUGAUAACUUCAUUUAUAAUCAAUAUUGUGUAAAUGGGAGUUUUAUGGUUGUUGUAAGGUAAUUUUAAAAUAUUUAUUGGAAUCAGUUAAAAUUUUCUCAUCAAGUGAUAACACUUCUGUUUGUAGUUGAGCAUAUUCUGCAUGUUAUGUGAUACUUUUUUUUAUGGUUGCCUCAAAAAUUUCAUCUGUGUUUUUAUUGUUUUUUGUGAGUGUUGAGGCCUUGUUAGUGAGAGACAGUUGGCCAUAGGGAAAAUUUCCUUUUCCAGCAAGGGACCAUAUUCUUUUUCUCAUUCAAAGACUUUGAUAAAUAUUUCAUUUGACUUACAAUUGUCUGAUUGAUCUGACUUUCAAAAAUAUUGGACUACAUGCUGCUUUAUUGCUCUCGCUCGAUGUUAAGGUUAUUGAUCACUGCCAUGAGGAAAAUCUAAGACCAUUGUCCAAGCUGAGUUUUUUUUCUUGAACCAAGGAUUUCAAGUGCCUUGACACGUCUUUGACCAAAGUCUGUUCAAUAUUGUCAAUUCUUAUUAGCAGUGGUGCCAAAAACUAAUGCUUUCUGACUUUCUCCAAAGGAACCAAAAUUUAUGUUGACAUUGUGAGACAUUGUAUCACCCAAAACUUAUGUGCUCAACUCUGACCUCAGUUUUAUUUUGGACGUACAAAAUAUGUGAUUGUGGGACUUGACAAGUAGGGUGUAUAUAAAUUUAUUUGUGAUAUAGGGUUGGCUUUGUCGAGUAUGUUGGUUUAGUGUUAUUAUUUUCUUUUUUUUCAAUUUCUGUUUGUUAGUUCAGACUUUUUGCUCACUGUUACAGGCCUUUGAAAAUUCAUAAAUUUGGUAUUACGUUAAAUAAGUAACUCUGAUAUCCAUAUAUUUUCAAUGACAAGUUAUCGAAUUUUUGAAGACUAUCUCAAACCUUGUCGAAUUUCAUUCUUUUCUUCUGAAGCAACCAACAGAGGUAGUAUAUAAUUUCAUUACAAUGUUGUGUUUCUUUGGUCUCCUUUUUUCAAAAUUCAGUCAUUCCGUUUAAUUUUCAUUCAAAA